GGCAGAGUGGAGAGGAGGGAGCAGAACCAGAGUCUCACUUUCAGGUCCCGGUCUGUGUCUCAGGCGGCGACCUAGACCUGAGCCGACAACUGAGCGCCGGACCUAAACCCCACUUUCUCCGCAUCUGCAAUUAAGGACUUGGAACUUUCUGCAAAACUUUUCCCACAGAAGACCCCCCCCCCCCGCCCCGCCGCCUCCUUAUAUGUUAGCGCCAGACCCCCUGCGGAGGUGAAAAGGUCCACUGACCCCCGGCGAUGGAGUACCUCAACUUGUGCCUGGUUUUUUCCUGCUGGCUGGCGUUUGCAGACUCCCUGGGGUCCUCCGUCACGCCCAAGGCUCCCGUGCCCAUUCCCCAAGACAAAAUGCUGGUGCUCACCGUGGCAACGGAAGAAACCGACGGCUUCCUCCGCUUUAUGCAAUCUGCAAACUAUUUUCACUACGCUGUGAAGGUGCUGGGGUCAGGUGAGGCGUGGAAGGGUGGUGACGUCGGACGAUCUAUAGGUGGAGGACAGAAAGUCAGACUACUGAAGGAGGCCAUGGAAGCUUUGGCGGAGCAGGAAGACCUGGUGGUCCUCUUCGUGGAUAGCUACGAUCUUAUCUUCGCUGGCGGACCAGAGGAGAUUCUCAGGAAGUUCCAGCAAGCCAAUCACAAAGUCAUUUUCGCGGCAGAGGGCUUGGUCUGGCCUGAUAAGAGGCUGGCUGACAAGUACCCCUCGGUCCGCAGUGGCAAGCGCUACCUCAACUCCGGAGGAAUAAUUGGGUAUGCACCGUACAUAAACCGAAUUGUUUCACAGUGGACCCUUCACGACAACGACGACGACCAGCUUUUCUACACUAAAAUAUUUCUGGACCCUCUACAAAGAGAGUCUCUCAACAUGACUUUGGACCACAAAUGCCAGAUUUUCCAGAACCUGAACGGAGCGAUUGACGAAGUACUUUUGAAGUUCGGAACAGACCGGGUGAGAGUUAGGAACAAGGUGUACGACUCUCUGCCGGUGGUUGUUCACGGCAACGGGAACACUAAAAUGUACUUGAACUACUUGGCCAACUACGUCCCCAACACCUGGAACUACGAACACGGCUGCAGCCACUGUGAUGACCACGUCUUGGACUUGUCUCAGGUGAAAGAGUACCCCGACGUGCUGGUUGGCGUCUUCAUCGAACAGCCAACGCCGUUUCUUCCCGAGUUCUUCCAGCGCUUGACGACCUUGGACUAUCCCAAAGAUAAACUCCAGGUUUUUGUCCACAACAACGAGGUCUACCACGAGAAGCACAUCCAGAAGUUCUACGAAGCCCAUAAGAACGUGUUCAAGAGUUUCAAGGUGGUCGGACCGGAAGAGAAUCUGAGCCAGGGAGAGGCCAGAAACAUGGGCAUGGACCUGUGCCGCCAGGACUCCACAUGCGACUUCUACUUCAGCAUCGACUCAGACGUGAUGCUCACCAACGUGCAGACACUGAAGCUCCUCAUCCAGCAGAACAGGAAGAUCAUCGGGCCCCUGGUCACUCGCCACAGUAAGCUGUGGUCCAACUUCUGGGGAGCUCUGAGUCUGGAUGGUUACUACGCUCGCUCCGAGGAUUACGUCGACAUCGUGCAGAGAAAACGGGUGGGCUUGUGGAACAUUCCCUACAUGGCGCACAUAUACCUGGUCCAGGGCAGCGCUCUGAGGAAGGAGCUGAAAGAAAGGAACUACUUUGUUCUGGAGAAACUGGACCCCGACAUGGCUCUGUGCACACACACCAGGGACCUGACCAGUCACAGAGAAAAAGAGUCCCCUUCUCCGGAAUCAUUCCAUAUGCUCAGGCCCCCAAAGGGAGUCUUCAUGUACUUAACGAACCGCCACGCCUUUGGAAGGCUCGUUUCCACAGCCAAUUAUAACACCUCUCGUUCUAACGGUGACCUGUGGCAGAUCUUUGAAAACCCUCUGGACUGGAAGGAGAAGUACAUCCACCCCAACUACAUGAAAAUCUUUACUGAGAACGACAUCGAAGAGCCUUGCCCAGAUGUGUUUUGGUUCCCGGUCUUCACAGAAAGAGCCUGUGACGAGCUGGUGGAGGAGAUGGAGAACUAUGGCUCGUGGUCGGGGGGCAAACACGAGGACAAGCGGAUAACGGGCGGCUACGAGACGGUGCCCACAGACGACAUCCACAUGAAGCAAAUCGGCUUCGACAAGGAGUGGCUUCACUUCAUCCGAGAGUUCAUCGCGCCCGUCACCCUCAAAGUCUUCUCCGGCUACUACACCAAGGGUUACGCCGUCAUGAACUUCGUGGUGAAGUACACACCUGGGAGGCAGUCCUACCUCAGACCUCACCACGACUCCUCCACCUUCACCAUCAACGUGGCGCUCAACAACAAAGACACAGACUUUCAGGGCGGGGGCUGCCGUUUCCACCGGUACAACUGUUCCAUAGACUCGCCCAGGAAAGGCUGGAGCUUCAUGCACCCCGGGCGACUGACCCACCUCCACGAAGGUCUACCAACCACCAACGGCACGCGCUACAUCGCCGUGUCCUUCAUCGACCCCUAGAACUUUGGACCCGCCUUCAAUUCGUGUCUCAUUUGUUCAUUUUGCAACCAACACAAAAAACCGGAUGACGACCCGCAUGACCUUAUUAGGUCUCCACGGGAUUUGCGAGGACCUGAUUGGUUUGAUUGGCUUCUUAUCGGUACAGUUUUGGGCGGUCAUCUUGUAUACCAAAAACUAUCCUGAGCAGCUCCAUGUGCAGUAGGGAAGGGGUUCCUAUGGUCCCCGGGUCCAGGGCGCAUCUCGCAGUUUGCUGAAAAUUAUGGAAAGCGCCACUCUGCAUAGCAACUGGUCAAAGGUGGAAUUGCCACCAGACCGAUUUUAAGAUAUUAAAAUAAUGGCCAACGCAGAAUUUGUCACAUUUCAUGUGUCAGGUAAACUCUGCAAAACGGGGCCAUGUGAACCCUCUUCCUACUCUAUAAAGUAAAGCGCUUUUGGGGUAUCGCUCCAGGUAAAGCACAGCGCUAUAUAAAUAGAGACCCAACCAUAAGUAAGAAGUAAUCGUAAGUCCACAUCUUCAAAGAUUGUUGUGGUUCGGACAGAAAAAGAAGAGAUCCUGAGUAACGUCAACUUAGUCCUGGUCUACGUUUGUUUACCUACAAGCACAAGUCCAGGUAAAACCACAUCCAGGUAAACCCAAAAUAGCAAAUUAAAAAAAAAAAUUUACUAUCUAGGACUGAACGCAAGGAGGAGAAGAGAUUCUGGUUAAUCGUAUUUUCCGGACUGUAAGCAGCUACUUUGCACCCACGCUUUGAACCCUGCGGCUAAUCCAUGGAUGGAUCUUUGCAAACGGCCAUAAUGUUUUGUAUCCAACACAUAGUUUUCAUAAAAACACUGAAAAGGUGUCUUAUUGUUUUUAGGACGAGCUUGAAAAUUAACUUCCUGUUCUGGUCCUUGAGCCGGAAGUGCAACCAUCAAUAACGUCACUCCAAACAACCAUUGUAAGUUUUCCAAUACAACUAAAACAAUUCUCACUUCCUAAACCGUCCCACGUGUGACGUCUGUAGGAGUGUCUCCAUGCAUAUUUGUAUGAGCUCAAGUUAGCAUCGUUAGCAAAUAUGCUAACAUGUUUACGAGCCUUUCUUGUUGUAUUGUUUCAGUUUUGUAAAUUCACCAAAAUGCCACCGUGGAGUUAUGGAGUUUAUUUAUCUGAUUAGAGAGCCAGCUUGCGCAGCUAGAGGCUCCAAGACCAUGGCUUCUGUUUUGUUUGAUCAGCCGUUUUACUGCCCUGUUACAAACACUCAUACCAAAGACUAUAAAAAUAAGAGCCAUUUGCUCCCUGCUUGGAAUUCGGGGUUGGAAUUGGGGGUUAUAUCACUAAAAAAAUUAUUCCCGGGCGCGGCCACAGCUGCUGCUCACUGCUCCCUUCACCUCCCAGGGGCGUGUUCAAGGGUGAUGGGUUAAAUGCAGAGAAUAAUUUCGUCACAGUUAGUUUGUGUGUGACAAUCAUUGCUACUUUAACUGUUUGGAAACAAUUUGGGGCGGAAAUAAAUAUUUACAAAAUCUUUCUGUAUCUACAACCAAUACAUUUAUGUAGAAAUAUUUAUUUAUACUAAAAUUUCGGUGCGCUUUACAGCCUGGAAAAUACAAUAAUUGGUUUGGAUUUUAUGAGCCCGCAAAGAACCAUUGCGCUGCUGCUGUUGUCACAAAAUGGCGGCUUUCUACUCAGACAAAACUGUCAUACACACAUGAAACAAAAACCUCAAUGUAGGUCUCACUGAGACCUAUAUUUCAUACACUGACCGCCCCCAGCUAAAAUCAACAGGAAGUUUGCUAUUCCCACUUCAAUACAAAAGUUGGCUAAAAAAUGUUGCUUUUUUUCCAAACAUUAUCUCCUCUGAGGCCGUUUGUCGUUUCGGCUUCAAAUAAUCACAGAAGAGAGAUUGAACCCUUCUGAUUAAAAGUUAAAGAGUUUUAAUUACUACCCUGGUUUGGAUUUCAUGAGCCCGCAAAGAACCAUUGCACUGCAGCUGUUGUCACAAAAUGGCGGCUUUCUACUCAGACAAACUGUCAUACACACAUGAAACAAAAACCUCAAUGUAGGUCUCACUGAGACCUAUAUUUCAUACACUGACCGCCCCCAGCUAAAAUCAACAGGAAGUUUGCUAUUCCCACUUCAAUACAAAAGUUGGCUAAAAAAUGUUGCUUUUUUUCCCAAACAUUAUCUCCUCUGAGGCCGUUUGUCGUUUCAGCUUCAAAUAAGCACAGAAGAGAGAUUAAACCCUUCUGAUUAAAAGUUAAAGCGUUUUAAUUACUACCCCGGUUUGGAUUUUAUGAGCCCGCAAAGGACCAUUGCGCUUUUGCUGUUGUCACAAAAUGGCGGCUUUCUACUCAGACAAAACUGCCAUACACACAUGAAACAAAAACCUCAAUGUAGGUCUCACUGAGACCUAUAUUUCAUACACUGACCGCCCCCAGCUAAAAUCAACAGGAAGUUUGCUAUUCAACAACUGCAUUACAUUCACCAUGCAUUAGAGUCUCAAAAAGGCGUCCUUAUAAAAUGUCCAAACCACUUUACAACUGUUAGUACUAUGAGACUGAUGUAUAACACAUGUGUAUACAACUUUUUCUCUGUGUAAUAAUCCAUCCAUCUUCUACCGCUUAUCUGGGCUUGGGUCGCGGGGGCAGCAGCCAAAGCAAAACCGUCCAUCGCUGCUUGCAGCUUUAAUUCAGUUUAAAAUUGUUGUAGAGUCUUCUUUUAUGUUUGUUUAUCUGCACAUCCAAGCUAGAUUGGGGUAAAUUGGCCGAAUCAGAGAUUGAAUUAAAAAACUAAAUUUGAUUUAUUCAAUACUUGUAUAAUAAGCAAAAAGACAUGGAUUUUUUUUGUUUGUUUUGUUUUAAGGAAAAAAAAGACCAGAAAUAUGAACAAAGCAGGUGGUGUUGUUUGUGUUGGUUUCAAAUGUAAUAAUCGAACGGUUCGCGGAUUGUUUUAACCCUUUGUUGUUAAAUUUUUUUGUUGAUUAUAAUUUUUUAAAGCGAUUGCUUUAAAAAGACGAAUAAGGACAUCAAGUCAGUCUCUGUCAAACAGAGUGUUGGCUGGAAAAAGGACACGUUAGGCCGUGUUCACACUGCAGCUCAAUUCCGGGGUUUAGUUUGUUUGUUUUUUGCCCAAAUUUGACAUGGAUCGGAUUUCUUGAAGUCAAUGUAAACAGUAACUUUCAUUUUAUUUUAUUUUUUUAAAUCCGACCCAGGCCUUUUUGUGGAUCUGAAUCAUAUAUGUGUUUGAUGUGACUGCAGUCUGGAUGUUCAGGUGGCUUUUAAAUGACCUCUACGCCACGAAAAGGUGACAAACGCCAAGAUCCUUAGCCAAAACUUAAAAGAAAUGGUGGACAAAGAAUCAGAAAAAUCAGUGGUGAAAAGACGAUGUUUUAGAAGGGACUGAAAUAUCGGAAGGUUUAAGUGUACAAAUUAAAUACUUAUAUGGAAUGAUAAAUAUUGAGUCUGGUUUCACAGACUCCUUGAAAUCAACCAAUCAAAAGUAGUUCUUUGGAAAAUCAUUCUUUAUUGAAAGGCUAAGGUAGCUACACAACAAAUCGGGUUGACAUUGCUUGAGUAUCGUUUACACAUUUCUAACCGACUGUUAUUACUUACAUUGCCAUAAAUAAGUACUGGAGAAUCUUAAUCUUCCCAAAGGACAGUGAUGCUAAUGUCUUACAGUAGAAGGCUAAGCUAGCUACACAAGAAAUCGAGUUGACAUUGCUUGAGUAUCAUUUCUAACCGACUGUUAUUACUUACAUUGCCAUAAAUAAGUACCAGGAAAUCUUUAUUUUCCCGAAGGACAGUGAUGCUAAUGUCUUACAGUAGAAGGCUAAGGUAGCUACACAAGAAAUCGAGUUGACAUUGCUUAAGUAUCAUUCACACAUUUCUAACUGACUGUUAUUGCUUAAAUUGCCGUAAAUAAGUACCGGGAAAUCUUUAUUUUCCCAAAGGACAGUGAUGCUAUUGUCUUACAGUAGAAGGCUAAGGUAGCUACACAACGAAUCGGGUUGACAUUGCUUGAGUAUCACUUACACAUUUCUAACCGAGUUAUUACUUACAUUGCCAUAAAUAAGUACCAGGAAAUCUUUAUUUUCCUGAAGGACAGUGAUGCUAAUGUCUUACAGUAGAAGGCUAAGGUAGCCACACAAGAAAUCGAGUUGACAUUGCUUGAGUAUCAUUCACACAUUUCUAACCGACUGUUAUUGUUUACAUUGCCAUAAAUAAGUACCGGGAAAUCUUUAUUUUCCCAAAGAACAGUGAUGCUAUUGUCUUACAGUAGAAGGCUAAGCUAGCUACACAAGAAAUCGAGUUGACAUUGCUUAAGUAUCAUUCACACAUUUCUAACUGACUGUUAUUGCUUAAAUUGCCGUAAAUAAGUACCAGGAAAUCUUUAUUUUCCCGAAGGACAGUGAUGCUAUUGUCUUACAGUAGAAGGCUAAACUAGCUACACAACAAAUCGAGCUAACAUUGCUUGAGUAUCAAUUACACAUUUCUAACAAACUGUUCUUACUUACAUUGCCAUAAAUAAGUAUCAAAUAAUCUUUAUUUUCCCAACGGACAGUGAUGCUAUUGUCUUACAGUAGAAGGCUAAGGUAGCUACACAACGAAUCGAGUUGACAUUGCUUGAGUAUCAUUCACAUAUUUCUAACCGACUGUUUUUACUUACAUUGCCAUAAAUAAGUACCCGGAAAUCUUUAUUUUCCCAAAGGACAGUGAUGCUAUUGUCCUACAGUAGAAGGCUAAGGUAGCUACACAACGAAUCGAGCCGACAUUGCUUGAGUAUCAUUUACACAUUUCUAACCGACUGUUAUUGCUUACAUUGCCGUAAAUAAGUACCGGGAAAUCGUUAUCUUCCCGAAGGACAGUGAUGGUAUUGUCUUACAGUAGAAGGCUAAGGUAGCUACACAACAAAUCGGUUUGACAUUGCUUAAGUAUCAUUCACACAUUUCUAACCGACUGUUAUUACUUACAUUGCCAUAAAUAAGUACUGGAGAAUCUUUAUUUUCCCGAAGGACAGUGAUGCUAUUGUCUUACAGUAGAAGGCUAAGGUAGCUACACAACGAAUCGAGCUGACAUUGCUUAAGUAUCAUUCACACAUUUCUAAUUUAAUGUUAUUACUUACAUUGCCAUAAAUAUAUCUCCCAGGAAAUCUUUAUUUUCCCAAAGGACAGUGAUGCUAUUGUCUUACAGUAGAAGGCUAAGGUAGCUACACAACGAAUCGAGCUAACAUUGCUUAAGUAUCAUUCACACAUUUCUAACCGACUGUUAUUUCUUACAUUGCAAUAAAUAAGUACUAGGAAAUCUUUAUUUUCCCGAAGGACAGUGAUGCUAUUGUCUUACAGUAGAAGGCUAAGGUAGCUACACAACAAAUCGAGCUGACAUUGCUUGAGUAUCAUUUACACAUUUCUAACCGACUGUUAUUGUUUACAUUGCCAUAAAUAAGUACCGGGAAAUCUUUAUUUUCCCAAAGAACAGUGAUGCUAUUGUCUUACAGUAGAAGGCUCAGGUAGCUACACAACGAAUCGAGCUAACAUUGCUUAAGUAUCAUUCACACAUUUCUAACCGACUGUUAUUUCUUACAUUGCCAUAAAUAAGUACUAGGAAAUCUUUAUUUUCCCGAAGGACAGUGAUGCUAUUGUCUUACAGUAGAAGGCUAAGGUAGCUACACAACGAAUCGAGCUGACAUUGCUUGAGUAUCAUUUACACAUUUCUAACCGACUGUUAUUACUUACAUUGCCAUAAAUAAGUACUGGAGAAUCUUUAUUUUCCCGAAGGACAGUGAUGCUAUUGUCUUACAGUAGAAGGCUAAGGUAGCUACACAACGAAUCGAGCUGACGUUGCUUGAGUAUCAUUCACACAUUUCUAACCGACUGUUAUUACUUACAUUGCCAUAAAUAAGUACUGGAGAAUCUUUAUUUUCCCAAAGGAUAGUGAUGCUAAUGUCUUACAGUAGAAGGCUAAGGUAGCUACACAACGAAUCGAGCUGACAUUGCUUAAGUAUCAUUCACACAUUUCUAAUUUAAUGUUCUUACUUACAUUGCCAUAAAUAUAUCUCCCAGGAAAUCUUUAUUUUCCCAAAGGACAGUGAUGCUAUUGUCUUACAGUAGAAGGCUAAGGUAGCUACACAACGAAUCGAGCUAACAUUGCUUAAGUAUCAUUCACACAUUUCUAACCGACUGUUAUUUCUUACAUUGCAAUAAAUAAGUACUAGGAAAUCUUUAUUUUCCCGAAGGACAGUGAUGCUAUUGUCUUACAGUAGAAGGCUAAGGUAGCUACACAACAAAUCGAGCUGACAUUGCUUGAGUAUCAUUUACACAUUUCUAACCGACUGUUAUUGUUUACAUUGCCAUAAAUAAGUACCGGGAAAUCUUUAUUUUCCCAAAGAACAGUGAUGCUAUUGUCUUACAGUAGAAGGCUCAGGUAGCUACACAACGAAUCGAGCUAACAUUGCUUAAGUAUCAUUCACACAUUUCUAACCGACUGUUAUUUCUUACAUUGCCAUAAAUAAGUACUAGGAAAUCUUUAUUUUCCCGAAGGACAGUGAUGCUAUUGUCUUACAGUAGAAGGCUAAGGUAGCUACACAACGAAUCGAGUUGACAUUGCUUGAGUAUCAUUUACACAUUUCUAACCGAGUUAUUACUUACAUUGCCAUAAAUAAGUACCGGAGAACCUUAAUUUUCCCAAAGGACAGUGAUGCUAAUGUCUUACAGUAGAAGGCUAAGGAAGCUACACAACAAAUCGAGUCAACAUACCGGUCACACAUUUCUGACUUGCUGUUAUUACUUAUAGUUUCAUUGUUGCCUUCAUUGCCAUAAAUAAGUACCAGGAAAUCUUUAUUUUCCCGAAGGACAGUGAUGCUAUUGUCUUACAGUAGAAGGCUAAACUAGCUACACAACAAAUCGAGCUAACAUUGCUUGAGUAUCAAUUACACAUUUCUAACAAACUGUUCUUACUUACAUUGCCAUAAAUAAGUAUCAAAUAAUCUUUAUUUUCCCAACGGACAGUGAUGCUAUUGUCUUACAGUGGAAGGCUAAGGUAGCUACACAACAAAUCGAGCUAACAUUGCUUGAGUAUCAUUCACACAUUUCUAACCGACUGUUAUUACUUACAUUGCCAUAAAUAAGUACCGGAGAAUCUUUAUUUUCCCAAAGGACAGUAAUGCUAUUGUCUUACAGUAGAAGGCUAAGGAAGCUACACAACAAAUCGAGUCAACAUACCGGUCACACAUUUCUGACUUGCUGUUAUUACUUAUAGUUUCAUUGUUGCCUUCAUUGCCAUAAAUAAGUACCAGGAAAUCUUUAUUUUCCCAAAGGACAGUGAUGCUAUUGUCUUACAGUAGAAGGCUAAACUAGCUACACAACAAAUCGAGCUAACAUUGCUUGAGUAUCAAUUACACAUUUCUAACAAACUGUUCUUACUUACAUUGCCAUAAAUAAGUAUCAAAUAAUCUUUAUUUUCCCAACGGACAGUGAUGCUAUUGUCUUAUAGUGGAAGGCUAAGCUAGUUACACAACAAAUCGGGUUGACAUUGCUUGAGUAUCAUUUACACAUUUUUAACCGACUGUUAUUACUUACAUUGCCAUAAAUAAGUACUGGAGAAUCUUUAUUUUCCCAAAGAACAGUGAUGCUAUUGUCUUACAGUAGAAGGCUAAGGUAGCUACACAACGAAUCGAGCUAACAUUGCUUAAGUAUCAUUCACACAUUUCUAACCGACUGUUAUUACUUAUAUAGCCAUAAAUAAGUACCGGGAAAUCUUUAUUUUUCCCGAAGGACAGUGAUGUUAUUGUCUUACAGUAGAAGGCUAAGGUAGCUACACAACAAAUCGAGUUGACAUUGCUUGAGUAUCAUUCACACAUUUGUAACCGACUGUUAUUACUUACAUUGCCAUAAAUAAGUAUCGGAGAAUCUUUAUUUUCCCAAAGGACAGUGAUGCUAAUGUCUUACAGUAGAAGGCUAAGGUAGCUACACAACAGAUUGAGUUAACAUACCGUUCACACAUUUCUGACUUGCUGUUAUUAUUUAUAGUUUCAUUGUUGCCUUCAUUGCCAUAAAAAGUAGGCACUGAGUCUGCCAUUAGAAGUAUUUUAUUAGAACAUAAUUUGUUAUAUUGCCGGAUGUCGGUGACUAUAUUCUCUUACAUUGGAAGGCUGAGCUAGCUACACAACGAUCCUUGAAUUUUUCACGACCAUCAGUGCAUGUGACACCACAAUUUUAAUUUAGUUAUGUCAACAACUGGAAUACAACAAAACAGAUCGUAAUUGGGCAUCACACUGCAGUGUGAACAUACCCGGGUUGUCACUUCAGGUACACCAAAAAAAGAAACAUAUCAUGCUAGCAGGGUAAAAACAAAAAGGGGGUCAAACUCCCGUUAGAUUUUCGGACUAAAAACAAGAAGCUUGCAGGUCGUGUUUAGUCGUUGCAUCGUGAUUCUCCCACGCUGUUAGCGACUAGCCAUUACCAUGCUAGCAUGCUGGAUUGCCCUUUUGUGUUUUCAACAUGCUAACUGUCAAAGUGUCGCUAACUGGACGGGAUUUGUGUGAAAGAACUUUAUAGAAAAUGUUUCAAAUGGUGCUAAUUAACAUUCACUACUUGUCAGUCAAGUUGUAUUUUAGACUUCUAGUUUGAUUUUAAAGAAAGACAAAACUCGUUUUUUGUAUUUUGCACACCAAAGAAAAAAUGCUGAGCAGAAGUUGAAAUGAAGUCUGUUUUUUUUUUCUUGCCUGAGAAAAAACUGGCAUUCUAUUCCGAAACAAAACUCCAGUAAGUUGUGUGUGAAUUGAUUGCUUUUAUAAUUUAUUGCCAAAAUGUAAUAAAACUCUUUAAAGUUG